UGGCUCUGGGCCGUGGGUGACUCAGAGGGGCGGCCGCUAUCUUGCGGUGCAGCAGCAGCAGCAUUCACCAGGCCUAACACCAGCCCAAAACCAGACGACAACGGUGGGUGCGUGGGUGCGUGGGCGGGCGGCGCCGAGAAGAGCUGCAGGCGCAAAAGCCCAUAG